UCCCAUUCACCGAACCGAAUGUUGCGCAGCAGUAAGCUCUCUUCAAGGCGCCAUCAACAUGUGGCUGGGCAAACAUGCUGCCAGCCCGAAGGUUUCCAGCCAAUGGCACUAGCAACUAUAAUUAAUUGACCGACUCGCCACAAAUAUUAACUCAACACUUGAAGCACUCGGGCUCCACAUCCGCGUGGCUUGGUCAAGUGCAGUGGCAGCAGCAGCGCAAAUAGCAACAGCAACAGCGGUAGCAUCAUGUUGACAGCCUGCCACAUAAAGAACAAGCAAAACGAGUUCGGCAACAUAAACAAAGAACAGCUGUUUCUGGGGGAGUCGAGUCGGCUUCUGGAGCAGGCUGGAGCUUUGUGAAGUGAAAUCAAGCAGCAUGCUGCCGCUGCCGCUGCUUGCCUCGUGCUUCGUCGUGGCCACCGUCGGUGUCGGAGUCGGUGUCGGCGUCGGGGGCAACACCAGCAACAGCGGCAGCAGCAACACCAUCGGCAACAGCAGCAGCAACAGCAGCCCAAACAGGAAAAUCCGUACGACGAUGCCACACAGAUAUUCAGUUCAAUCCGAAAUUUUGUUUGAACCAGACGCGAAAUAUCUUCACGCUGCUUGGCCAAAAAAUUGUGUUGGCAAGUGCGUAAAAAUUGUUAAAAGCAAAAAGUGUUUAGCGCAAGAAGACAAUAGACAAAUAAAAAAUAUCUACAAACUCCAGAAUCUAUCUGGCAAAAAGGAUAAGCACUCAGAGAUUCUGAGAAGAAAGUUCCGUGUCAAUAAGGCUAACAAUCAGUUUGACAGCUCAAUCAGGGCCACUCUCCGGCCAUCGCGUGUGCAUCUUUAGGAUACUUACAAGACAAGAAAGCAGUCAAGCGUGGCAGGGGCAGUUACAGUUGCAUUGGCCGCUGUGGCACCUCCAGCUCAUCGAAGCCAUUGAAGUCGAGUGAAAUUUGUUCGUGCCAAAUUUGCAAAUCGAAGUGUAAUUCCCAAGCCAUUCUGUUGCCAAGCACUUGUUCAACACAUUUUUGAACACGAAACUCAAUUUCAAUUUGAAUUCGAACUGUAAUUUCCAUCUCCGUAUCGAGUGCACUGGAACAUAUUCUCCACUGGAACUGGAGCUGCAAUUGCAAUUCAUGCCACGGCAAGUAGUUUGAGCGGAUGGCAAACACCGCUCGAGCCUAGAGCUGAGACAGUAUCUACGGCCGCGAUAUGCUGCACCUGAGGCUAUUCGAUAGCUCCCUCUACUACACGCUGGCCUCCGCCUCAGAGCCCGCCCCGGCAGGAGCGUCGCAGUCCGAGUCCGAGUCCGGGUCCGAGUGGGAGCAGGCGGCGGGCAAUGACAGCCAGCUAGCGCUGACAGGUGGGGCCGGGUCGCCGCCCGCCCUCGGCAGCGCAGUUAAUCUGACAUUUUUUACACCUGCAAUAUCACACGUGAUGCUGGCGCCAUCAACAACCACAACAACAGCGACAGUGUCGGCUACAAUAGUCCAGACGACAGCGGCGCCAGGCCACGACUUAGAUGCGAUGUCGGAGGCGAUCCACAAUGCGACAGCGGGCCACUCGGGCGAAUUGGACAAUUUAAAUUCGUUCUACUUUUAUGAGACGGAACAAUUUGCGGUGCUGUGGAUACUCUUCACCGUCAUCGUGCUGGGAAAUUCCGCGGUGCUCUUCGUGAUGUUUAUCAACAAGAAUCGCAAGUCGCGGAUGAAUUACUUCAUCAAGCAAUUGGCCCUCGCAGAUCUGUGCGUGGGUCUGCUCAAUGUGCUGACGGACAUUAUAUGGCGCAUCACGAUUUCGUGGCGGGCGGGCAAUCUGGCCUGCAAGGUUAUACGGUUCUCGCAGGUGUGCGUCACUUACUCCUCCACCUACGUGCUGGUGGCCAUGAGCAUUGACAGAUACGAUGCAAUAACGCAUCCCAUGAACUUCUCAAAGUCGUGGAAGCGAGCUCGUCAUUUGGUGACUGGCGCCUGGCUCAUCUCAGCCCUCUUCUCGCUGCCCAUCCUUGUGCUGUACGAGGAGAAGCUCAUCCAGGGUCAUCCGCAGUGCUGGAUAGAGCUGGGCUCUCCCAUGGCCUGGCAGGUGUACAUGAGCCUCGUCUCCGCCACACUUUUCGCUUUUCCCGCUCUGAUCAUCUCCGCAUGCUAUGCGAUUAUAGUCAAGACAAUUUGGGCCAAGGGCUCUAUAUUUGUCCCCACAGAGCGAGCUGGUUUUGGUUCGGCUCCUGCAAGACGAGCCAGCUCCAGGGGCAUCAUUCCACGGGCCAAGGUCAAGACAGUGAAGAUGACCCUGACCAUUGUGUUUGUGUUUAUCAUCUGCUGGUCGCCGUACAUCAUCUUCGAUUUGCUGCAGGUCUUUGGCCAGAUACCACACUCGCAGACAAACAUCGCCAUCGCCACCUUCAUCCAGAGCCUGGCUCCCUUAAACUCGGCGGCCAAUCCCCUGAUCUACUGUCUGUUCUCCUCGCAGGUCUUUCGCACACUGAGUCGGUUUCCACCCUUCAAAUGGUUCACCUGCUGUUGCAAGUCAUAUCGUAACAACUCGCAGCAGAACCGUUGCCACACGGUGGGGCGCCGACUGCACAACAGCUGCGACUCGAUGAGGACGCUGACCACCUCUCUGACGGUGUCGCGACGCUCCACCAACAAGACGAAUGCCCGGGUGGUAAUCUGCGAGCGACCCAGCAAGGUGGUGACCGUGCCGGCCAUGUCGGAGGUAUGAUAGCUGGCGCACACGACCCGCAAGCGUUCAACGUUUGCGGUCCACGGGCCCACAUCCUUCAGCGAUGCGGAGUUCCUCUAGAAUGGUAAAGGACUGCGACUGCACGAGAGGCUUAGACAAUAAGUUCGAUAGUUGUACUAGGCAUAGUGAAAGCCAAAUCUAAACUGUACGUAUAAGUAUGCCAAGUCUACGCUACGAAUUUCAAACAUUUAAUAUUACGAGUACUCUAUGUAUUUACUAUAUGCAUUUUCGAUCUAAUAAUAGGUAUCUACUCAUUAUCUAGU